CGCCACACCCACCAAGCCAUGCCCACAAAACUGGUAGUAAACAGAAAUUGAAUUUCACCACUGCCCCCUUCUGUCCCUUCACCCCAAUGAGGCCGAGCAAGAAUGCUCUCUUGCCAUCGGCUUGGAGGUUACCCUGGUCCAAACAAUGGAGAUCCACUGGCCCAGUAUUUCUCUCAGCUUUAUGACGUCACAUGGAAACAGCAUCCUUUAAACAAUGGCCAAGGUUCCAUUCCAAUCAGCCUUCAAGGCAGGAAACGGAUCAUUUCCUGAUGAUCACACGCCAUGGAACGGACAAUAAAUGGCUGAACGCCUACGUCAACCAUGUGACCAAACUUCUCAUAACCACAGCCUACAGCAUCAUGGACGAUGCUGCUAUCCUUAAAAAGAGGGGCUACAUCAUGGGUGGGAAUUUAGGGGAAGGGUCCUACGCCAAAGUGAAAUCCGCCUACUCGGAACGGCUGAAGUUCGAUGUAGCCAUCAAAAUCAUUGACCGGAAGAAAGCGCCUCCCGAUUUCUUGGAGCGGUUCCUCCCACGGGAAAUAGACAUCUUGGCCAAAGUCAACCACCACUCCAUCAUCAAAACCUACGAGAUCUUCGAGACCUCCAAUGGCAAAGUCUACAUCGUGAUGGAGCUCGGCAUCCAGGGCGACUUGCUGGAGUUCAUCAAGCUGAAAGGGGAGAUGCCCGAGGACAUCGCGCGCAAGAUGUUCCGUCAACUGUGUACCGCUAUUAAGUACUGCCACGACAGCGACAUCGUGCAUCGGGAUUUGAAAUGCGAGAAUCUUCUCCUAGACAAAGAUUACCACAUUAAACUUUCGGACUUCGGUUUUGCCAAACGCCUGCUCCGGGACGAAGACGGCAAAGUUAUCUACAGCAAAACUUUCUGUGGUUCCGCCGCUUAUGCCGCCCCGGAGGUUCUGCAGGGAAUCCCUUACGAGCCCAAAAUUUACGACAUGUGGAGUCUGGGUGUUAUCCUCUACAUCAUGGUCUGUGGCUCCAUGCCUUACGACGAUUCAAACAUCCGGAAAAUGUUACGAUUGCAAAAGGAGCAUCGGGUGCAUUUCCCCAAGUCCAAAAACCUGACCAUUGAAUGCAAAGAUCUCAUCUAUCGCAUGCUUCAGCCGGAUGUAACCCGGCGCUUGCGCAUUGAGGAGGUUUUAAGUCACAUAUGGAUGCAGCCUGGCAAAAUCAGAGCGGUGUCGGCCACGUCCGUGGGGAAGAACGGGGAGACCUCGCGGAGCACGGCCGAGCAAAAAACAGAGCACCGGUCCGAACGGGAGAAGACCCUCAAAAGCGAAUCCAAACAAACCAUUGUGUCCAACGUAGCUCCUCGGCUGGAAGCGGUCGAAGAAGUGGAGGAGGUCAUUGACGGAGACAAGCACGACGAAGAAGUGGUGAAGAUUGCAGAAGCGUUCGAAACCAACCUUUGACGUCCUUCCUUCGACGGAGGGCAGCAAGAGCCUCCCGUAACAGGUAGCCCCGGGUAACCGACUGGCGAGAGCGGGUCUGUGGAAUAAAGAUAAGAGCGAAAACGGAAGACGCAAUCUGAAACUAAAGACCACGUGUCUUUCUGAACCAGCACCUUAUUGUAGGCUGAAAGGCCCGUUUUAUUAAAUAUUUUUUAAACGGAUUAAAACACUGAGCUGUAGGAUGACUCUCACCCAGACGUGCAGAAGGCAGGAAGAGGUGGCUCAACUCCCUGAAAGGGACAAAACUCUCCACGGCCAACUCGCCAGAGGACAAUUCAAUAAUUCAAUUUAAUGUGGGGUUUUUUUAAAAAAAAAAAAAAUUAAAACGUAUUUUAAUUUUCGUCAUUCCCAUUUCGUUUUGUCCCUCCUUUGGCUUCCUUGCUUUCAUGAUUCUAUAGCACCGUUUCUUCGAUACUUAGGGUUGAUUCUUGUCCCGCGGCGAGUUGGCCUGAGGAGAAUGGGCCACGGUGUUAUGGGUGCUCCAUCACUGGAGGUUUUUAAGAAGACAGACACCUGUCUGAAAUGGUACAGGGCCGUGAUGGCAGUGGCACACGGAAGGGAGAAAAACGGCCCUACAGGCAACCCGGAAGUCCGUUCCUGAACUUCAUUUGUGCGUUAGGUCGUUUUUCGCCCUCCGGGGGCUUUGGGUGGCUUCCCUGAAGCCUCCGGAGGGCAAAAAAUGGCCCAACGUGUAAACAGGAAGUCGGAAAAAAGCGGUGGAGGGGGAUGUCAGGGGAAGCCGUUUUUGCCCUCCCCGGGCUCCUAGAAAGCCUCUGGAGCCUGGGAAGGGUGAAAAAUGGGUCCACCGUGCGAUCGUGCGACAAAAGCAGGCGGAGGGUGCAUAGAACUAUGGGUGUGGGCACACGCGUGCACAACCUCCACACACUCCCAUCGCUUUUGGCACGCGAUGGGAAACAGGUUAGCCAUCACUGUCCUAGGAGAUCUUCUGUUCUGACCUCGGCUUCCC